AUGGCUGCUCUUGCCAGCUCCCUCAUUCGCCAGCGCAGGGAGGUCAAGGACCCCCAGGCAAACCGGCAGAUCGCCAGCAAGCGCAAGCCCUGCCCGAAGAGCAACAAGUCGCUCUGCCAGAAGCAAAUACUUAUAUUAAUAUCGAAAGUUCGACUAUGUGGCAGUCGAGGGAGAAAGAUGGAGAAAAGACCGGAGCCCCAGCUGAAGGGCAUUGUCACACGGCUUUACUGCAGACACGGCUUCUACCUCCAGAUGCUGCCGGAUGGCACCAUGGAAGGCACAAAGGACGAAAGCAGCUCCUUUUUGCAGUUCAACUUGAUUCCUGUGGGGCUCAGGAUAGUGGCCAUCCAGAGCACCAAGACAGGGCUCUACGUUGCCAUGAACAGCGAGGGCUACCUCUAUACUUCGGAGCACUUCACGCCGGAGUGUAAGUUUAAGGAGUGUGUGUUCGAGAACUACUACGUCACCUACUCAUCCAUCCUGUACAGACAGACCCAGUCGGGACGGGCGUGGUACAUCGGUAUCAACCGGGACGGACAGGUCAUGAAGGGGAACCGUGUCAAGAAGACGAAGGGAGCCGCGCAUUUCCUCCCCAAACUCAUCGAAGUGGCCAUGUACAGGGAGCCCUCUCUACACGACGUUGCCGAGCAGAGCCCGCCCAGGAAAACGCCCAAGACCUCCAGUGACUCGCCUGUGCACCAGAACGGCAAGAAGGACCCUCAAUCCAAAACCAAAACCUCCACCUCCUAGCGCUCACAGACAGGGGUGGCAGGAGGGCUGGAGGACACAGGGGCACUGGGCACCAGCGGACACCUGAACAGGGGUUUGUUAGGGCUACACCCACACCUGCUGCCUGCAACACUGACCCCACCAGAACUCUGCAAACCACAAUGCACUGCUGUAAAGUUAGAAAAGAGGAGCAGAACUGGGCCGAGGGAAGCCCCCUUUUACCUUCACGGACCUCCAUCCACACCAGCCCUCCACUUAUUAAAUAACCUCUGUGAUUAUCGACGCCUGGGGUAUAAAAGCAAUAACUCCAUGAUGAGGCAAACAGUCACAUAGCAUCAUGUUGCAUGUCACCACAGUGUGUCUAACUGUUUGGAAGGAGAUCCAUCAUACACACCGUCAUCAGCGACAUCCUUCAAGUGGACUAAACGUCUGAGAAAAGUCUUCCUGGUUUCACCACAAUGAGAUCUGUCCCUCUGCAGCACAUACUUAUGACUGGGUUGUGUUUCUAUUUUCCCACAGGGUUACAUGCUAACGCAAAACCUGCAGAAACCUUUUGGACUUUUGUUCCUGCUCAGUCCACAUCUUCUGUGUGUGUAUCAGCGACUUUGUGAGAAGGCAUGGAUACUUGUCGGUCCCGCUUGUGUGUUUGCGAGCGUGUGUGUGUGUUCUCUUCUUAUUCUUCUUGCAUUCACCUUUUACGCGAUUUGAUUAGUUUGUGACAUGGACUCAAUUUUCCACUUGGUGGCACAAAAAAAAAAAAACCUCCCGUCCUCUCCGGCUCUGUUAAUGGAGUCCGGGGCUGAUCAGAAUCUUUCGACCCUUAAACGAGGGGCCAAGAGCUCCCUCAGCACACUGCACACACACACACACACACACACACACUCACUGCUAUGCUGACAUUUAAACACACUCAGAGGUGUGCAGUGUGCACACAUUCUACUUCAGCAUCCUGAUAUUCAUAAGCUACCACUACAGAAAACGAUCUCAUAAAUUAACACACUUAACGUCGUAUAAUGCACUGAAACGCACACACUAACAGACGCACACUCACAAAUGCAGCAGACAUGCUGAUGUGGUGGUGAUGGUGCGUGCAGGUUCUGGGAGACAAUGGAGAUGUCAUCAGUGAGAUGAGGUACUGAUGAAGCCUGACUGCGUAGCUUGUGAUUGCACUGCAAUAGCUUUUUCACUGUGGCUAGCCAUGCAUCGCACAAAACCCAAGCCCACAAAGUAGCAGUGGACCCUCUGCCACUCCACGUGAUAUGCCGGUCUAAAAAUGCAUUAAAGAGUUUAUAUUUGACUAAUGCAUCCACAUCAUGCUACCACCGUGAUGAUACGUUUUAAAACACCAUGUUUCAUAUGAUAACAGACUCUGCAGAUCCCGUGUAACGCCAACACUGUCCCCUUACCAGAAACACUCUGCACACUAUGCUAAUACAUGUUACGACUGAAGGGGCGCUACACCCGUUUUAUGUGUUGAAGUCAGUAUAUAAAUCAUAGGAAGUGCUAUUCAUCGUGGGAAAACAGUGUUGCUUAGUUUGAUAAAUUACUAACUGUUAAAGCUGGGGUUGGUAGCCACGGAAAACUAGCAUGAAUUUGAAUGUAGCAUUUCCUCAGGAUAAAAAACACAAUGUGAGACUAAAACAAACAAUUAUUAGAAAAAGAGACAAACAAACAACAAGGAAAACACAGCAUCAGGAGUUGAAACCUAUUCAAGGCGAGAAGACUCAAAUGCUAAAAUAUGAAAGUGUGUUUUGAGGCAGGUCCUAAGAGAGUCAAUAGAGGGGGCAACCCUGAUUGAGGAGGGGAGGCUGUUCCAAAGACGCAGGGCCUUUACACUAAAAGUGUGGUCGCCCUUCAGUUUAAAUUGUGACCGGGGAACUGCCAGGAGACCCGUGUUAGAGGACCUCAGAGACCUGGAGGUUUUGCAAGGGCUCAGGAGGUCAGUUAUACGGGGAGGGGUCAGACAAUUCAGAGCUUUAAAAACAAAAAGCAAAACCUUAAAAUCAAUUCUGAAGCAGAUUGGAAGCCAGUGGAGGGAAGCCAAGAUGGGGCUGAUGUGAUCCCUCUUCCUGGAACCAGUCAGACGCCUGGCUGCAGCGUUUGGACCAACUGCAGGCGGCACAAUGCCGACUGAUUGAUUCCAGAAUACCACCUUCAAACAUCAAAAUUAGAUUGGGUCAUCACUAAAAAACAAACAGAUAAAUAUAUACAGCCAAGCUUUGGAACAUCUUUAGUACGCUGUUUUCCCAGGAUGUAGCGCAGUUCAGAAACAGCUAACUGAUUCAAAACAUUAAAAUAACAGAAGAGCUGUAAUAAAGACAGAAGUGUGAACACCCACACAAACACAAGAAAUGA